UAAGGAUGCCGUAUUGCAAGGACCUAUAUCUCACCAAGACAACACGUCGGAAUCAACACAUUUAUAGGGAAGGAAACGCUAGACAGACCGUUUGUAAAGUGAUAUCCGUCAUGGAGGUUAUAGAGAAGGUGGUGCCCAAAAACGCCCAGCUGCUAUCUCUAGGCCACAAGGACACUUGUCGCCUCUUGGAGGUGUAUGUGAAGCGCAGCAUCAGUUUAAAUGAUGGGACAUGUGAGGACCAGAGGUCACCAACAACGCUUCAGAAGUGGGUGACACUGUCAGAGAAAUGCAGAAGGGUCCGCCGGCAUUCUAGUGACCCCUUGAUCACCUUGGAGCCCAGCACACCUGACGAGGGCAUUGCCAGUAGCACACCACCCGAUGAGGAAGUUGUUAUACCAAAUGUGUCUCUAGUAGAAAUCCCUGGACCUGCUGACAUUCCUGAGAUUGAGACGUCUACUGAACUGGAGAAUAAGUCUAAAAAGGGCAAGAAGAAGAGCAAAAAGACCUCAUUCUGGAAAGGUUUUCUGGGGUUUUUCACGACGAAGGGGAGUGACAAGAAAGACGAGCAGGAGUCUGGCACAGAGAAAGAUGGACAGUCACAAGGAACCUUGCAGAAAAAGAAAUCCAUUAGGCAAAGGAGCUCCAUGAGGAGGUUAUCUCUGAGAAAAAUCAAGAUUGACAGCCACAGAGGGUCUGUGAAGAGACCAUUGGCUUUGGACAGGGCCAAGACCACUGACAUAACUGGAGUUGAAUCGGUUGAGAGUGUGGGGCCUACUGACUCGUAUUAUGAGAAAGUUUCAGAAGAGCUGGAGAAGAUUGUGCAUGAGGUGAAAGAGACAGAGGCAGCUCUUACAGAUGAGGAUGUCAUAAAAAGGAUCAUUGUUCUGAUGAAGCAGCAAGGAGACCUCAUUGAUAACAAGCUGAAGGAGAACCCCAGCUUGAGCUCAUUCUUCCAGAAGCUGUCCUACAGCACCUUCCAGCAGUUAGCUGAUACGUAUGUGGAGACAGAGACGCCUACAGGCCAGAGCCACCAGACACCACACACUGCUGGAUCUGGGCCCGUCAACGCCCCGGAGCUGGUCAAGCUGGCCUUCACUCUGGACUUCACAGCCAGGGUGGCCUGUCUCUCCAGGCAUUCCAAAGGCCACAUCAUGGGCCUGGGCCACCGCUACUUAGAAGACCGCUUCACCCAGACACAGGUAACAACACCAGAGGUUAAUUCAGAUCAGACGUUGCAUAACUAUGACGAUCAUAAUCAUUGAUACAACGUCACAUGCAAAAAAAGACUGCAGGGGAAACCGAACAUUCUUCGUGGUGUAAAAGCACACGGAGUGCUCCUCGAUUCCUUGUGAUACAAAUGGAAUAGAUUACUUAAAGAUGACUGAAAAUGAAACCCAGAGGCAAGUCAUGAAGGGAACAUCACACACAACACGUAUAGUUGGCCUUGUACCUGUAAAUCUACACUAGGGCAAUCUGUGUAAUUACUAUGUUUACAGGUUAGUAAGUAAUGGAAAUGCAAUAUGGAGUUCUUACCACAUUUGGUACACUCUGUAUUUAUUUACCUACAUUUUUAAAUAUAAUAUAUGCCAUUUAGCAGGCGCUUUUAUCCAGAGCAACUAAUCAUGUGUGCAUACAUUUUACGGGAAUUGAACCCACUAUGCUGGCAUUGCAGACGCCAUGCUCUACCAACCUACGCUACAAAGGACCACUAGGGAUAGUAAGUACUAUGUACUGUAACUGCAUUCACUAACUACCCUGCUACAAGGUAAUUCCUCAUUCUUAAUCCUGGUUCUGGGACACAAAGGUGUGCAUAUUUUAGUUUUUGCCCUAGCUCUACACACCUGAUUCCACUAAUUAAAGGUUUGAUGAUGAGUAAUCUAGGUGUGUUAGCUGGGGCUGGGACAAAGCUGACACCAAUCAGGCCCUCGAGGACUGAGAUUGCCUACCCCUGUAGGUUAAUGCCUAGUUUCUGGAAAUUAUACUUAGGACCCCUGUACCUUUCACCUGAAAGAAUAAGAAAAUCAAGCUAUUGAAUAUAACUUUAUGUAGCAAUAUUUCUAGGAAGUAUAAUACUAACCAAAAAUAUAAAUGCAACAUGCAACAAUUUCAACAGUUUUACUUAGAGUUCAUAUAAGGAAAUCUGCAUACUUGUGUUUACACUUUUUUAAUUGAGUACACUCUUUAGUUUUAUCAUUGUUUUUUCAGUCAAAGGAUGAACUACUAAUGAAAAAUGUGCAAUUUUAUACUGUAUGUGUCAACUAAAAAAAGACUAAACAGAAUACUUGAGUAUCCCGAAUAAUAAUGGGUUAAUGGUGUGCAUUAAACGUGGUCAUUGUGAUGCACCGAGGUCACAAACUCUA